UGUAUGAAUAUAGGUGAACAAAGUUAAAUGUAGUUCCUAUUUACUUGUUUCCUGCUGCUUCAAGAAUACAAAUUUAUCUGCAAAUAUCAGUCAUCAUUUGAACAUCAUUAAAAACUGUACCUACUAUCCCCACACUUUCGAAUGGUCAUAAUCUUAAAGCGACUGUCUCACAGAUGAUAAAAUAGUGAAAAAAAUUAAAAAUUGUCGAAUAAACUUGGCAUCGAUGUGUUCAAUCAAUUGAAUCUUACUAAUUGAAGUACCACAUAGUUAACAAUUUAUUUAAGUUUAGCAGUUAUUUCGUAUUUAAAAGAUUACUGGUUAUGUCUACCAGGUAGAAUUCAUUCCUUACGCGUGAUUGGCUAGUCGGUGUUAUCAUGUGAUAUAACCGAGGUAGGUUUAUAGCUUAAUUAUGUCACCUGUUUGGUGUAAGCCUUUUAGAUAGCUCAGUAAGGAAGACGCUGGCCUUCAAUUUUGGCGACGCGCGUUCGAACCCGGUCUCCAAAACAAUCUUUUUUUUUUACAUUUUGGUACUUUUUUUACAAUUAUGACAUCAAAGCGUAACACAUUCUAUAAGAUAAAUGUCCUGAGAUUCGUUACAGAAAAAAACUUUUUUUGGUGCAAAUCUGUGACACAGUCCCUUUAAGACUGCCUCAAAGGCAAUAAAUGUCUGCCAAUUAGUUUUCAUUCCAGUGAAUGCAUAUAUAUUUCAUUCAUUUGUGCAUUUUUUCCUGAUGAAAUUGCUCUUGAGUUAUUGUGCAUUUAAGGCCAUACCACCCUGAAGUUUGAGAAACUACAACAAUAAUACAUGUAAUCUUUUAUUACAAAUCAGUGUAUAUAUGCUUAAUUUCAAGGAUAAAAAACACAACAUUUGGUCAUACAUUUAUAUUAUUGCUUGCCACUGUAGCUUAUUAUAUUUACUUGAAACUUCAGUAAUUUUUCAGAGGAAUAUUCAUUUGUGUAUUUUCAGGGUAACAAAGAUAAGAGUUACAAGAGAGAUCGUCGAGGUUGGCAUUCCUGAAAUGAGGUUCACCCUAGAGGAGGAGAACGAUCCAACAUUUCUCUAUACAUUUAUUUGCCGGGAGAGAGACUUUAUUCAAUUGUGCAAAAACCACAACCUCCAUGUUGGAGAUUCGGAAAACUUGUGUGAGGGUAUUCUCGAUUGCCUUCGGGAGGUGAAGCAGUCAGGGCUCAGGGUUCGUCCCAUACAAUUUGAACUUAUGAAGACGGUGGCCCACCUGAAGUUACCACAUCUUCAGAUCAGAUGGAGACCGGCAUGUAAGACCAGAGUCACACAACACAACAAGAUGCGACAAGAGGAGAAGGAGGCAUUGAGGAAGAAGUUGGAGCGAAAAUGCCGUGAACAGAGAGUGGAAAUUCAGACCAUGGCAGAGAUGAGGGCGGAGAAUGAACGCAUGAGAGCUGAGAUUGCAGAAUUGAGGGAGCAAGUCAGGUCUCUUAAAGAAGGGGCCAAUGCGUGUACAGCCCCUUCAACUGUAAUGGCAGAUCAGAGCAGGAUCCCAAGGCCAAUGGCUCCUGCCCCUGCCACUGCCCACAGGAGCCUUUUUGCAGCUGUGGGCAGAACGAGACCUGGCUUCGCUGCGGGAAGAGUUACUACAGCAACAACAACUGUGCGCAGGACAGAACCAACAACUGCGCGCAGUAAGUCAACUUCUUCCCGCAGCACGGCAGCACCUGCAGGCAGUACAACACGAACUGCAACACGAACUACAACAUCAGCCUGCAGCUCUGCUGCCACUGCCCCCAGCACAUUAUCAGCUGGUGGGCAGACAGCUGCCCCCAGCACAGCAUCAGCUGGUGGGCAGACGGUCGAGGGUGGGGCAGCUCGAGGUCGGGGAAAAGUUUCAUCAAAACAAAAACGUCAUGAUGACGAUGGGGGGCAGGCAAAGAAGAAAGCAGCUUGGAGGUGAAAAUAGAAAAUGCCUGCCCCUCCCCCACCCCUCGACCAAACUCCCUCUUCUGCAUCUCAGCCAACAUAACCUGCUCAGCUUCGUUUUACAUCGUUCUUCUAAAUCGCUAAUAUCUCGCCCAACAUAUCAUCUCAACAUCGCUCCACACUUCUCCACCUUCUACCACAUCAGCAUCGGUUGUCAUACGAACAUUACAGUGCUCUACAAUGGUUAGAGCUGUGUUGUGUCAUGCCGGUCUCCUUGGGCCACCGUCGAACAACGCCCUGAUUGUGAACAUCUCAAAAGGACAUUCCCACUAACAAAAACUGACGAUUUUUAUAAGUGAAUGUGUUAAUAUUUUUUGGGGUUAUAUACAGGUUUGCCUUUUGAAAAAAUACAAUUCUAUUUCAUUCCAACAGUGAUUUUUUUUACUGGAAAAGAUUGUUCAUAGCCUUGUGUCGAUUUUGUUAUUUUGCAAAAACUUUAACCUUUACUGAAAUACCGUUGAUACAUUCUAAUGAAACUUGGUAGACAUGUUGCCAGAAUCAUGUUGCCAGCAAGAUAGAACUCUUUAUUGUAUGAUUUUCAUAUUUUAUAGUCUUAUUUUACAUCAGUUCUAUUUUGGUAACAUUUUUUUCUGAAAUUCAGUCAGGGUUAUUAUUCAAGCAUUUAAACUUGACCACUUACAUCUACCAAUUAAUUAUUUUACUAUGGUCAAGUGCCAUCUUUGAUGAAGUUUUAUACAUACAAGCUGUGUAUGGUUUGUACAGUUUCGUCAUUUAUACUGGAUUCACUCUUUUAACGUUGUUUGGUCAUUGAACAAUUUCAAUAUAUUUAUAGUUAUAUAUCCAUUUGUACAUCUAUAUGUCCAUUCUAUUUUAAUUCUAUUUUAGCCUUAGUCCUUGACCUGCCCCACUUGUCCUUGAAAUAAGGGGCCCCUGUAUUCCUACUUAUAUCCAAACAAUUUGUCCUGGCCUACUGUCCCAUCAUUUUCCAUCUCACCCUUUAUCCUGCCCAACACAUGCCUUUCCCAAAUCCUGGCCCAAUUCCUGACCUGCUGUCCACUGUCAACCUUCUUUUCUACACUUAAGGGCCGGCCCAAAUCAUACCAUCUUCUCUGAUGGACAUAGAUGUACAAAUAGAUUGAAGUAUGUAAUAUAUCAAAAAUCUAGUACUGCAGGAAAGGGAAAAAUUCACCUGCUUAGUUGUCAUAAAUUUACAAGAUCUUGCUUUUUGAAAAUUUUAAAGCAUUCAAAAAGACUUAUUUUAUAUUUUACUUCUAAAAGAAAGCUUUAACUUAAGAACAUGAAAAAUAGUUGGAAUUUAUUUUUGGCUGUCAGAAUAUAAUAUUAAGAAACCUUUAACGAGUCGGCAUUGACACAACUGAUUUUUUGUUGGUCAUCUAACCUGAACAGUAUGCUUCUUUUGAAUGGCAUACGUCGGUAUUAUUUUAGUAUUCACUUGAAAUUAAGAAACCAAUUUAAAAAAUAAUCAUUUAUUUGACCUGGUUUUUCUAUAUAUAACCUACCUGAAACUGAGCUUAUUCCCAGUAGAAAUAUUAUUAUGUAAGUUACCAUACAGCAGAAUUAUCAGAAAAAGGAAAAUUGUAUGAACCAUGUUUUUGUUCACAAGGUAUAUGGUAGAAAGGCAAGCCUAUUAACCAUUUACGAGAGCAUUAUACACAAUAGUCAAUGUUCGUUGGGAAUGAACGUUUCAAUAUGAUACUGUAUUAUCACUGAUUGCAUUCAGUGAACUUGUUGUGAGGGAAUGUUGCAAUCGUUCUUUUGAUUUUUUCUGCUUUUGUGCAGUUUUAUUUAUUUUUUCGGUAUGCUGACAACUUGCAGUUGGUGGUGUUAAAGGUGAUGAUGAUGAGGAUGAUGAUGAUGAUUGGAGGAUGUAUAUAGUUUUUUUUUAAUAUUUUGUUACGUUCUAGUAACUUUUAUAAAAAAAUAAAACCAAAUAAAAAAUAUUUUUGUGCAACCUGUUAUGUAUGUUUAUUUGUUUCAUUUAUUUUGAAGCAUUUAUUUGUUUUAUAUUGUACAAAAAGGUGUAAUUAAUUGGUAAAACAAACAAAAAACAUAUUCAAAAUAACUUCAA